AUGGGCUCGCGGCGGUGUCUCGCGAGUCCCAAAUCCAAAUCAUUACCUAGCACUAAUACCUUUCAAGACACCAUCUCUGUAUCCAAGGGCUACGACACGGGUAACCAGCCCCAAACUAACGCCCAUACCUCUGUAUCCAAGGGCUACGACACGGGUAACCAGCCCCAAACUAACGCCCAUACCUCUGUAUCCAAGGGCUACGACACGGGUAACCAGCCCCAAACUAACGCCCAUACCUCUGUAUCCAAGGGCUACGACACGGGUAACCAGCCCCAAGCUAACGCCCAUAUCUCCGUAUCCAAGGGCCACAACACGGGUAACCAGCCCCAAGCCAGCGCCCAUAACUCUGUAUCCAAGGGUCACAACACGGUUAGUAGUCUUAUAUUAAUAAGUAAUGUUACUUACAGUUCAGCUCGAGGGCAAUCUCACGGAGAUUACAUCCAACCAAUCACCUUCAGUUCGGGCCUCUACUAUGACUACCUGGGAACUCUUAAGAUUAAAAACAAUGAACUGAAAAUUAUAAUUCCAGUGGAUAUCUCGCAUUUCCAACCUCAUAUACAGAAUAUUAAAAUAGCUUUAGAAAACACCAGACUAUUAUGCAAAGCAACACAGGCUGAACAAAUUAUUGCCGAAUGUAACAGUUGGUUACAACCACUGAUAGUGCGAUUCAAGGACAUGAAUAGAGAAUAUGAUUCUAUCUCGCAUCUAAUAGAUAAUAGAGCUAAGCGUAGUGCAUGGAUAGGAGGUAUAGGUACAGUAUUUAAAUAUAUUUUUGGCACAUUAGAUGAAAAUGACGGCAUUCAAUAUGAAGAAGCAAUAGCCACUUUACAGAAUGAUGAAAAACGCCUAACUAAACUCAUGAAAGAAAAUAUUUUGGUCACCACUUCUGUACUGGAACAAUAUAAUAAAACAAUAGCUACAAUUAAAGAAAAUGAAAUAAAAUUAUACGAAGCUAUUGACAAGCUCUCUCUUUUUAUAAAAAAUAUAUCCGACGCUACCAACGAACUACAAAUACUUACCGAUAUUAACAGAAUAUUUGAUUCACUUGAAACAUCAAUACUAACAUUGUCCUUCCAAUUAGAAGAUAUAACUAAUAGCAUUUUAUUUAGUAGCCAGGAUAUUCUACAUCCUGCUAUCAUAACACCCAUUCAAUUACAUCAAGAGCUUGCCAAUAACUAUAGACAUUUGCCUAGUGACCUUGAGCUGCCUGUAACACUAGAUAUUAAUUCUAUACACUUAAUUUUAAGUAUAUCAAAAUUAGUAUGUUAUUAUGUUAGUAAUAAGAUAGUAUUUGUUUUACAAGUACCACUUGUGAACACUAAAGAAUAUGUGUUAUUCCAUAACAUAGCAUUACCUGUACCAUAUGACCCUCGUGAACCGAAUAGUUUUAGCCUAAUUUCUCCGGCCAAUAAAUACAUAGCAAUGACCAAAGACAAGGCUUACUACUGCAUCCUCGAUGAUUUAAAACCCUGCAAGCUAGUGAAUCCCGGAUCCUAUAUAUGUGAUAUUGGAAGUAUAUAUUCAACCGACGUAAAGCCUAUAUGUGAAAGUGAAUUGUUAACAAAAAUAAAUAGUGUAAAACCAUUACAGUGUGAAACUAAAGUGAUCAUCGGAACACUAGACAUUUGGAAACCCCUUACAAACAAUAAAUGGAUAUUUGUUCAGACGGAACCCAUUAGAAUAACAAUAGACUGUCUUAACGCUCAAUUGUAUGAGACCACAAUUCUAGGAACGGGAAUACUCACAUUACCUAAGAACUGUGUUGGGUAUUGUAAAAGUACUACACUAACACCUAAAUAUAAUAUUUUUAAUAUAACUUCACCUAUAAACAAUUUCCCGGAUUUCAACCUAAUUAACGAUUCAUGUUGUAAUUAUAUAAAAUUAAAUAGACUAGCAUUUGAUACACCCCCUGUACACUUAAGUAAUGUAGACUUAGAUGAUUUCGGCCAACGUGGCAAUAACAUGGUCAAGUCCCUUCUAAGCGACCUAGAAGCUUUGGAAAAUCAGCAAAGCCCACAUAUUAUAAAAUAUGGGACACACUAUUCUAUUGUUACUAUAAUAUUAGCAAUUAUGUUCAUAGUAUUUUUAAGUUUUAUUAUUAUCAAAAAUUUCUGUAAAUCUGGCAGCAACCGCCCUGUUAAAUUCAAUCUCAAUUUAAAGAAAGUAAAAUCUCAAACGACCCCCGAAACCGUAGAACUUACCGACAGACAUGACCCUGGACCUGAGACAAUCAACCCUGUUGCCCCUCUUAGAACUAGAAUUUAAACGGAUACUUUGAAACUACCCCAAAGUCUCCUCUUAAAGGGGGAGGUGUUACAUCCCGCUAAUGUUAGUGAUAGCGCUGACGGAGCAAACCCUUCAGGCUUGCUCAUCACCCCCUCACAACGCCUCAGUCCUGAGCGUUGCUCUCAUAGUCAGUCCACAUUAGAACCUCUUGCAGAGCGGUUGCCUCCAUAACGUUAUAAAUCUAUCCAAUA